UCUGGACAGGACAGCACAUGCAGCCGACGAUGACGGCGGCAAGGAAGGACCGAUCGCGCGUCUUCCUCAUGCCUCAGCGCAUGCCAUUCAUAAGCGGCAUCACGAACCGCUACGACGACGACUUUCCCAUCGAGCUGGAUGGCCUGGUGACCGAGGCCCAGUUCUCCCAAGCUAUCAAUCAGAUCAACAACACGCUCACGGACUACUGGCCGUGUUUAUUCUGUGUGUGCUGUGGCUACCUCUGUUGUGUCUGCACCGCUGGGCUGUCCUUGCUCUGCCCCAACAUGUGCAUCAGCGAUGCAGAGCAAUACACCCGCACCCUGAUCGAGCGCAUAAACGCGCGGCCAUGCUUUAAGGAUGCCGACGUCGAGUGGAAACUUGUCAAGAAAUGCUGCCGAUCAUGGAUUGAAAUCUCCCUCCCCAUUGUACGUCCGUCCCUGUGUAUCAACUAUCGGGACGACCAACGGAAUGUAGAAAUUCGAUACGCACGAUCCUGUCGUGGGCGCAUAUCAAACAGUCCUGGUCGCUGCACCGCCGCCACUUGCCGCCACAUCUGCCGACGCCACACUUUACGGAAGCGCCGAAGGCAUUGUGUGAAGCGUCCGCGCUCCUUCCCCAGCGCACGGCGCUUUAAGUGUUGUUUGUUGAGCUCGCAUACGUGUAGUAGCGUACUGUUGUCGUAAUGCCAAGAGCUGUUCCAUGUCGUGGCCAA